GUUUGCUCUAUGUACGUGUGUGUAUUAUUUACACAUUAAGCCUUUUAAAGACUUCAGUGAUGUGAACACGGAUAAAAAAAGUAGAUCUACUUGUUUUCAAGUUAUUUUGAAAACAAAGAUUUUGAAUGAUGGCAGAAGGAGGAUCCGAUGAUUUCACUUUAAUACAAUUUGGUUCGGACGUUGAAUAUGAAUACACGUGUACUCCGUGUGCAGAUGACGGGUGUAGAUACGCUGCAAUUUAUUAUUGCCGGGCAUGCACGCAAUGGCUGUGCUCGACUUGUACUAAAUACCACAAGCGGAUUUCUUCAUCAAAGAACCACCACCUGUUUACCAUAGAAGAAGUUCAGAAACAAGACAGCCAUAUGCUUCCAUCUGUAGUUAAAGCAAAAUGUCCAAAGCAUCCAGAACGAGAAGUCGAGAUGUAUUGUGGCAAUCAUGAUAUGGUGUAUUGUGCUCUUUGUGUGGCUAAAGAUCAUAGAGCUUGCUGCCAGGUAGAAGAAGUAGCCGACAUUAUCAACACGCACUUUAGUCAGUCUAAGUACGAAACAAUAAUUCAUGAACUAGCUGAAAUGCAAGUAAACUUAGACGCUCUUAUAAUGACAAAAGAAGAAAAUAUUGAACUGGUAAAUAGUAGGAAAAUGGAAAUUUCAAAAGAACAACAGGACCUUAUAAAUCAAAUGGUUUCUACCUUAAGACAGUUAAAGGUACUUUCAGAUAAUGAAUUAGAUGAAAAGCACAUGUCCAUGACGAAGAAGUUUCAAUUGGAGAUAGCUAACUGCCAAGUAGCGGUACGCGACGUUGAGAAACAUAAAAAUGAAUUGAUGAACUCGAAGCAUUCUCCAGUCACCAAUCGGUUUGUCAGGAUGAAGUUGGCAGAACAGGUAUCUACCCAAUCGGGGAAGCUUCUCGCCUCCAUCGACACUAAAGCUCAGAACUUGUCAUUUGAAAGAAACAAAGUGCUUAGAGAUACAGUAGUGAAAUCCACAUCGCUAGGACAAGUACGAGAGGAUUUAGAAACUUCCAAAGAUGCUUAUUCUCAAUCAUAUCAGGAGAAACGCAGAUGGUUAACAAUUGAAGCGAAUGUGAGAGUCGAUGCAGACAGAGGCACUUGCAAUAUUACCGAUAUAUGUUGCCUUCCUGAUGGCACUAUUCUGCUCGCCGAUGUAGACAAUGAAAAAGUUAAAAGACUUGACAAUGUGUAUAAUGUUCAAGAUUAUAUAGAUUUUGGGUCUGGCCCUAUGGGUGUAUGUUGCAUAGGGGAAAACGAAGUUGCUGUCAAACUGAACAAGGACGAGAUGCAAGUGUUGAGAGUUGGUAAAACAAUGUCAGUUAUAAGGACAAUGUCUAUAGAAGGUGGGGGCUACUAUGGUAUUGCAUUUUGUACUAAUAAUAUAUGGGUAUGCGCUGGCAGCUAUGUAAAUGUAUAUAGUGGUACAGGAAUACUUCUUAAAAGAUUAGAAUGUGAUAAAUGUGAUUCAGAAAUAUUUGAGGGAGAAACUCAAAACAUAUUUGUAAGUGAUAACGAUAAUUCUGUAUAUAUUGCUGAUUACAGCGAACGUGUUCUAAAGUUUAACCAGUAUGGUGAACUGAAGGGUACACUAAGUGACACAAGUCUCGUAGGGACAUCUGCUGUGUGUAUUUCUGAGGAAGGAACAGUGUAGCUGCACAUGAAACGGGCAAUAUAGUUAUGUUUAGUAAAGACGGCGAAUCCCUCGGCAAAAUUAUUACAUCCAAGAAGGAAAUUGGCAAACCAGUCGCGUUAUGCUUUGAAAAAAGAACAGGGAACUUGAUAGUAGGAUGUGAAAACUCUGAUAACAUAAAAGUGUUACAGAAUACAAUGUUUGCAAGUUAGUGUUUACAUGUGCAAUAUGUAUCACACUACGGAGCUCCAGACUAGACUUAUGGUAGAGUCAUAAACGUUUAAAUUGCUUUAUAUCUAAAAGUUAUCUGUAAAUGGUCAUAAUAUUUUAAAAGUAAGUUUUCGAUUUUAAGAAACUGUAAUAACUUACGAAGACACAUUAUAUCGAGUGAAAUACACUUACAUCUUAAUCUAUUACAACUGAAGCAUGUCGUUUCUGCUUUUUUUUUGUUUUUGAGAUUGUCAGUUUCCACAUAGCUAUUUCCUCAAGUUAUUGUUUCCUGUCAACAGAUAAAUUGAUAUUUUGAAUUUACGAUUAACUGGCACUUUUUUUUGGUUUUCACGUUUCGUGUUACAAUGUGUAGGAAAAUGCCAUCUGGGUUCAUUCUAAAAUAAAGUAUUACACUUUAACAGACUCGAUCAAAUUUUCCUGGAUGAAUUUACGUUCAGAUCAUUUCUAAAAUGUUUUAUAGAUAGAAUAAAGCAAUGAACA